AAAACAAAAUGUUCAAAUACGCCGUUGUUAUCUUCGCCUUGAUUGCCUGUGCCGCUGCCAAACCCGGUUUUGUAGCUCCUUUGGCUUAUACUGCUCCCGCUGCCGUUGUAGCUGCCCCCGCCGGUGUUGUCACUGCCACUAGUAGCCAAUUUGUUGCCCGUAACCACAAUGGUAUUGCCACCGCUCCCGUUGUUGCUCCAGUAGCUGCCCCUGUUGCUGCCUACACUGCUCCUCCCGGUUUAGUUGCUCCUUUGGCUUACACUGCUCCAUCCGCCGUUGUAGCUGCCCCCGCUGGUGUUGUUACUGCCACCAGUAGUCAAUAUAUUGCUCGCAACCACAAUGGUAUUGUCUCCACCCCUGUUGUUGCUCCAGUAGCUACCCCUGUUGUUGCCAAAACUCUUGCCUACACUGCCCCUGUUGCUGCUGCUUAUACUGCUCCUGUUGUAGCCAAAUAUGCUGCUGCUUACUCUCAUCCCUUGGCCUACUCUACCCCUGUUGUUGCCAAAUACGGCGCCGCUUACUCCCAUCCCUUGGCCUACUCAGCUCCUUUGACUUAUGCCGCUGCCCCAGCUCCAGUUUUGUUCUAAAAACUGUCUAGUCUGGUUGUUUAAUUGAUGAUAAUUAAAUAAUUGUGAUUUAUUGAAAAUGUUAAUAAAUGUUUAGUAUAAUUUUAGUAU